AUGUCUCAUCCAUCAAGACUGAAGCAGCCUAAACAUCGUUAUUUAACGCAAAAGCUACGUGUUAUUGAGGGAACGAAAUGGGAACGUCCUUUUCCUAAAUCAAAGGAGUAUUGGCAGAAAUUUUGCGACGAUGAAGAAGAAAGGUUGACUAGAGUAAGAGAGUCUUUUCCAACAUCAUCCCAUCUUCCUAUUAUUCCUAUUUUGCGCGAUUUUAAGACAGAUCUUCGCGACAUUAUAAAUUUUAACGAUUCUUCCGUACCUCAAGGCUUCGAUGAGAACGUACCUCUCGUAGAUCCGAAAUCCUCCGCGGCACCAGAUAUUUCUACAAGAAGGAACAACGAGAAUGUUCCCUCUAACGCAAGAGAGCCAAUAGUUAAGAUCUCUCCUCCCACACCGCUAAAGAAAUCGUCGAGAAACAAUGCCAUAGCGUACGCGGAGGAACAAUGCGACUUUUUUCCUAUUCAGAAUAAAUCCACGAUCGAAAAUACAUAUUCGUAUAAAGAAUCGGAGUCCCUUGAUGUACCUACCAAAAAUUCUAUCAUACCACAUGACGGAUCGAGAGAUGGAAGGGUGUAUUCAAAGAGGACGUGUCCCUUUCACAGACACGAACCCCCGGUGAAAAUUUUCGACGACGAUAUCGAGAGAUAUUUGACGGAAGACCCGCGAGCAAGCGAGUCGCCGGGGGGAAAAUUGAACAAAUUGCCGCAUGUGGAGGAUACGUCUAAAUAUGAUAGAGAUAAGAGCAAGUCAACUUCCAUCAAAGGCAGAAAGGUUAAAAGAGUUACUGUUCCGCGAAAGAAGUUGGACCAUUAUCCGGAUAAUGCUAUUGAUUUAACCACAAGUGAAAUUGCAACUGUCAAAUCGGAAUAUAAGAAAGAUUAUAUACUGGAUAAGCAACGCAACUUUAUAUCUGACACUCAGGCAUCGAAAUUUGAAUUUUCUCUCGGUAAGAAGUCGAAAGAGAGGAAGAUCACGAAGGAUUUAAAAAUCCGGAGAGUCGAUGACAGAACGCGGGACUUGUUGAAUUACUCGCAACGGUGCGCGUAUAAAGCCCUGAAGCGCGUGACGCUUAACAAAAACCUGAACUUUAAGCCCGAAGUAUGGGAGGAUACGUCGGUGAGAUCGCGCGCUUCAUCCGACAGAUCAAUAGUAGAUACAGACAAGUCAGACGUCGCCGAGAGCGAAAGUCCUGAAUCCGGGAUCCGCAGCCCCGAAUGUCCUUUCUUCCGCGAAAUGCAAAGAAGAUUGAGAGAAACGUGGGCCGCGAAUAUCGGAGAGCAGGGCGUUAAAUAUAAGCUGUUAAAGUCGGACUCCGGCAAAUCCUCUAUGGCCCCCGCGAAAUCGUUGGCGAGGUCCGCCUUCAGCACGAAGUUCGCUAAGUACGAAACCCGGGAAAACCGUUCGGCGUAUUUCCUAGAUGCCAUUCCAAGGGUGUCGUGCUUUCGACGCAGGAACCGCGACAGGUGCUUAUCCUGCAUGCAUAAAUCCCUGCGGAAGGCGAGCGAAACCGACGCUGUCCUGCCGCGAGCGACGUCGCUAACGGAAAUUGAAGCGAAAGACGACAGCGAGUCCAGCUCCGGCGGACUUUCGGAAUUUCGCGAGGAAUUGCAAAAGAUAUUGUAUUCCCAGAGAAAAGGAAUUCCGAGGUAUCCGGAAACGGUUGAGGAUGCGUCAAGCAAAUCGGCGUCGCCGUCGCUUCAAGUGGAGCAGGGAGACACCGAGGUCUUGAUAAAGAUCGAUCCAAAUCACUCAAAGGAUAAAACACCGAAAUCCAUGGAAAGUCUGCUAUCGAAAGAUCCAAAGAGUUUGAAAGCCACUUCCAGCUCGAUUUCGAUAUCGUCGGAUAUCGAACGAUCAAAACUUUCGUCCUCGGAAGCGCACACCUCCGACGACGAAACGUCGUCCCCGCUGGCGCUGGACAACGAUCCGUCCCAAUACAAAAAUAUGGCACCCUGUCACCUACCCACGGUCUUACUACCCAGCAUGGAAGCCCUGCGGGCCCUGAGGCACAGGCAGCCGACUACCAUGGAGUCGCGGAUCGCUCUAAUGGAGAGCGCGACGUCGACGAAGGAAAAGUCCGACGAUGAAUCUUACGACGAAGAGAGAACCGCGGAGACAACGAAGGAAAGGCCGCCGUCGAAAGUCACCGGUGAGAAGCCUGAAAAGACUGACGAGCACAAGGACGCGUCCCCGAGGACCUCGGGAGCCCUCUUGAAAGUUAAGUCGCAGCAACAGCUGAUAUCGCCAAUCGUAGAAUCUGCGCGAAAGGACGAGCUGAAGAGGGGAUACAGUUGCGCGAGCAUCAAGGAUUUAUCGAAGGAUUCUACGAGACGUACGUUGGAGACUCCUCGAGGCGAGGCGGAAGACGGGCGAGGAAAGGUAAUCCCCUUGGAGGAGAUAGAUUCCGCGAAAGGGUCGACUUCCUCCGACUCGACGAGAGCGGAGAGGCGCGCGGAAUUACCGCUGCUGACAGUCGCCGAAAUCUCGCGAUUUUUAGAGAAAGCAAAUCGCGGAGAUACGUCGACCGCGACCGUGUUGGAAAGCCUGGCGAACGAGUUCACUUCGCGGGUGAUAAAACAAUGUGACGCCGCCGGUGCGACGGCGAUAAAAAAACGCGCUAAACUAGCCGCGAGAUUAACGAAGUUGCUGGCGGAUUCGAAGCGUUAUUUGAGCCCUGAUAAAUUCCCAUCUGACCUUGUUUUCUCCGCGAAACAGCCUCCCGCUUGCAAUUCCCGUCUAUUGAGACGUAUCCUGCCGCUCGAUUCCUACAAUCUCGUCGCCCCAUUAUUGGGCAUGCCGGCCUGGUACCCGAAAAGAGCCGCAAGAAAAGUAGAAGCUGCGGUGCAUUACGAAACGGAAGAGGAAGAGGAAGAAAGGGAGGAAGAAGAAACGGAAAGCGAGAUUCCUUUCGAUUUAAUUGUGCAUCCCCCGACGACCAGAGACAUUUCGACGAGCGGAGAUGAGCAUAAAGUAGGUCAGGCCAGAUCGAAUCCUUACGCUCUCUUUUUGAGGAAACCGCGGCGCAAGGUAGUCACCUGGCGUCCUUUAACGGCGGCCGAUCUCAAAGGCUACGAUCCCGAGGCCACGCUUGAGAUGAGAGCCAGAAAUAUUACGGACAGGAUAUGCCGUGACUUCUGCGAGUGGCUGCGCAGUUUAGGCGGCACCGACAGGGUCAUCGACGAGGAGAUCCUCGGAGAUAUGUUCGAAAUUGACUUCACGGCCGACGCCAGCAGGACGAUGGAGAUGUCGAUCAGGCAAAUGCCGAUGGUGCCCAACGAGGUUGCCGCAGCAAGACAAUGUCCUGAUGCAGGUGAGCUUGCCAUGACCAAGAAGCAUCUGAUCACAGAUGCCAAAGCCGAGAGUAAGCCGGCCAAGACAAUGGCGUUUGGCACCGCGAUACCCUGGGAGCUCCGAUUCGUGCCGCCCAGAAAUCGGGUGAGAGAGAGAUGGCUCCGGUGCGAGAACGUAAUGACGGAUCUAGAGACGAUGGAUGUGGUCUGGAGGGACAUAAUGGAUCUUGAGAGCGUCAGGGCAUUCGCAAAAUGGUCCAGCGAACGCUCGAAAAUUUCGAAUGCGUCAAGUGCAAUGACCACCGUCGACGACGAGGCGCAUCCAGAGUUGAACGUCGAGCAGAUUGGCGGCUUUAAAGCCCGCGGCGCCCAUCAAAGUCCCGACUCGUCGUUCGACGAAUAA